CGAUAAGAACACACAACACACAUUCUUCCAAUAUAAUCGAUAAGGUUCGAAUGAAAAUAGCCCGAUUCAACUUUGCAUUUGUCAGUUGUUCGUCGAACAGGUGAAAUAGAUAGAGCAACAUUAUGAACGGUCGUGUUUUGGUACUUUUUGCCCUUCUGGGUGCCCUCGUCGUGUUGACGGAAGCCCGUGGACGAGGCGGAGCGGAUGGUCUGUGUGCCUGUCCGAGGAUCUAUCUACCGGUUUGCGGAAGCGACCUGGAGACCUACAGCAACGAUUGCUUGUUGCGGUGCGAGGUGGAAUCGAACCGGGGACGCGCCCUAGGGCUGAGGAAGUUGAGCGAUGGACCGUGCGACAACUUGGCCGAUAACCUGGUGGAACUUCCGGUGGAAUAUUGAAGGUGGUGCUGAAAUUGAUGGAUGGCGACAUACGUUUUGUGAUCAAUAAAAAAAACAUUUAAACUUUGAGUUCUUGAAGAAAUAUAUGAGUAACUUUCCAAGGAUUGAAAAAAAGUCACAGAUAAAGAACAAAUGCAGCUCAGUGCAGAUAACGGGUUUAGCACAAUCUGUUAGUGGUGAAAUUAAGUACCUUGUGUUGAAAAUCCAUUGACGCGCAAUUAUACUACUGGACAAGAA